ACGCCACCAGAGCAGCAGCUUCUUCGUGACGAGCUCUCUCCAUCGAGGCACGAUGAACGGAGGCGAAGGAGGAGCGGGAGGGAGCGGCGACGGAGCAGACGGGGCGGCAGCUGGCGGCGGUGGCGGAGAGGGCGCGCCCGGGGUCGGGGCUGGGACACUAGCACGGGUGCCGACGUGGAGGGAGCGUGAGAACAACCGGCGCCGUGAGCGGCGGCGUCGGGCGAUCGCGUCCAAGAUCUUCACCGGCCUGCGCGCCCACGGCAACUACGCCCUCCGCAGGCACUGCGACAACAACGAGGUGCUCAAGGCGCUCUGCGAGGAGGCCGGCUGGACCGUGGAGCCCGACGGCACCACCUACCGUAAGGGAUUCAAGCCGCCGGGUAGCAGUGAUCCGUACAUGGCUGGCUUUAUUCCUGGGUGUUCUCCAGUGAGCCCUGGCAUGUCCUGCCCUGUGAGCCCCGGCAUGGUGUCCUGCCCGGUGAGCCCGCGAGGUUACAACGGCCUGAGCUCCCCGUCGUCGCCGACCCACUUCGGCGGCAGGGGCAGCAGCUUCUUCUACGGCGGCGCCAGCAGCAGCCGCGGCACUGGCAUUGGCGGAGGCCUCCUCCCGUGGCUCAACAACAUGUCCCACUCCGACGACGCCUCGUACGCCGACGGCUACUCCUUCAGCGCGCCGGUCACGCCGCAGAACGGCUCCCCGCCGCGUCGCAAGAUGGCGCGCUGGGCGCCGGACAACGCCGCAGCCGCCGGCGGCUCCAGCUCCAAUGUGCAGUCGCCGUGGGCUGCCAGCCCUGGCCCCAGCCGCUACGCCUCCCAGCCGCAUACCCCUGUCCGCGGCGAGGCCGUGGCGGCCGACCCGGUGAGCCUGCUGACGGGGUUGCAGAUAUCCGCCGCGGCGGCCAACAAGUCCCCGGCGUACAGCAUGUUCGACUUUGACGCCGGGAGCUACUCGUCGAGGCCGGCGGGACAGAGCAGCGGCGGGGCGUGGGCGGCGGCAGCUCCUGGCGCCGGCGACGGUGACGCACAGGUGGCUCCGCACGGGUUCUCCUUCGGCUGGAGCGGCGGGGCGUUCAACGCGUGGGAGGGGGAGAAGGCGACCGGAGCGUUCAACGCUUGGGAGGGGGAGAAGGCGACCGGAGCAAUCAACGCGUGGGAGGGGGAGAAGGCGAGCGGGGCGUUCAGCGCGUGGGAGGGGGAGAAGGUGAGCGAGGCCGAGGAGUACAUGGACGAAGGGGACCUGGAGCUCACCCUGGGGAACUCGAAGGCCGGCGCCGGCGCAGACCGCGGUUGAGCUCACCGAUCGAGCUGCUGCAAUGGAACAAGACGAUGCGUGCAUGAGAUGGUGGGAAGGCAUAUCUUUAUAGGGAGUGACCGUUAGUUUGACUUCGGGCAGACUGGUGCUGAACCUUAACCCAAUCUCAUCAUGAGUUAUCCUUUUUUUUUCUGACAAAGUAUCUUUUAUUUUCAAGAAAUGAAAAAGAAAACAGACAUGGCAAGGGAGAGGGACGCGUUCUUGUAAUCUUGGAUUAAUUGUCAGGCUGUUGGACUAAAACUAAUGGGGAAGUACCAGUUAUA